UUAAGGACAAUGAAUAGGUUUAUUACAUGUGUUGAGCCUUAAGUUUUUAAGCCUUAAAAGAUUCUAAUAUGAUUAUAUCACUAAAUCCACUGAAAGAACUUGGAUUUUUUAAUCACCACUUCAUAAAUGGUGAAAAUAGUUGUAAAAUUUGUGUCAAUAAAAAUGGUUGCGUGAUGGAUGAAUGGGCAGGAACCAGUCAAUACACUGCAGAAAAGGCCAGAGACAUCAAAGACUCGGCAAAAGAGAAGGUGAACACUGCUACAGAAAAGGCUAGUGAUAUAACAAACGCAGCAAAAGAGAAAGCCAAUGAAGCUGCAAAUGCAGCAAAGGAGAAGGCUAGUACCAUAAAGAAUAAAUCAGGAGAAAAAACAAACGAGGCAACACAGAAGGCUAAUGAGUCAACGGAAAGAGCAUCCCAAAAGGCAGAGGAGGCAAAGGAAAAGACAUCUCAGACAGCAAAGGAAGCAGCAAAUAGAGCCUCAGAAGCAAAAGAGAGAGUAGCCCAAAAGGCAGGAGAGACCAAAGAGAAGACAUCUCAAAAGGCUGAGGAAGCCCAGGAAACAGCUAGGGAAAUGGGAAAGAGUGCUGUAGGGGAAGCCAAGAAGAAGCAGUAUGAUACAGAGGAGCAUCUAAGUUGGGCCACGGAAGAAGCUAAAGAAGCUUAUGAUGUAUCUACAAACAAAGCAGAAGAGACUGUAGAGUCUGCUAAGGACACCAUUGCCUCUAACUAUGAGGCAGCCAAGCAAAAGUCUAAGAAGAUCAAAGAUAAUGUAGCUGGUAGAGGUCGUGAUGAGGAACUCUGAGCUAAUCUAGCUACAAAAAUGCAUGGUUGAUUGACAUUUCUUUUGUUGUUGUUGAUCAGAUUCUGCAUGUUGUAUUAUAAUAGUUUCUGUGCAUGGAGUCUGGUGUUUCGUGUAAUUCUCUUUUGGUGUCAGUGAAAUCUAUGGGUUGGUCAAUAUUGUAGUAUGAAGCUAUACUUGACCUUCUCUGUUUUUUUUCUUUUCUAUCUCUUUUCUUUAUGAAA